CUGGGUACAACGGGGACAUUGCCGAAACAAACAAACGAAACAAUUGGAUUGCAAUAUGGGGGCAUCAGAUUCAACGCUAUUAGGAGGUCAGGAGAGAAGAGGAGAAGUGAUAACGACCAUCUCUGAGCGAUCGGAGAAAGUGGAUCCCAUUCUCGAAAAUCUUAAAUCCCUCACAGUUAGUAGGCCAAUAUUGAAGUCAGCACCUCAGGGGGAAAGUAGCUUAACAGACAUAUUGGUGAGGAAAGCUUUAUCCUCCUCCUCCUCUUCUUCCAAAGAUACGGUGGAUCCUCAAAUACUUGUCGAGCUCUUUUCCGUUUAUCGAGAAUGGCAAGACAACAAAGCGCAAGAUAUUACCAAUAGACAGGAAGAUAUAGAAAACAAGAUUGAAGUGGCAGAUGCUUUGGCCACUAAACUUCUACAGAGGUUUAACCACUCCGUCUCUGCUAUGAGGACCACUUCCCACCAUUUAUCUCAAGUUCAUGGGCUUCAGGUUGAGCUUGGGGAGCUUAAAGGAAGGUUGACUGAGGUUAUAAACAACUGCGAUUCAUUAUGUAAACGAAUAAAUUCAGAGGGACCUGAAUCUCUUAGCUCAACUGUCACUCCCUUUGUUCUUCCACCUCCUGAUUCGGUCAGUACCCUCUCUUCUAAACAAGACCCAUAAGCGUCUGUUUGACCAUAGCUAGAUCGGUCGAGUACUUCCCACUAGCCUUGUCUUUGAUUUUGCAUAAAUGCAAGAUGAUGGUUCUAUUGUUCGAUACUUCUUUGUUUUCAGAUUUGUAUAAUCGAAAUCCAUUGUUGUGAUGUAGGAAAAUUCAUAUGUUAUUCGCACUUUUUUACACAAAAUCCACAGUGGAUAAUGGUUUGCA